UCAAUCAAUAUACUCAGCAGCUGCAAGAGAAGAAAGGGAGGGCAAGGCGUCCGGAUUGCAGUUCCCUUGUCCCUUCCAACCCUCCAAAGGCUCAAUCGCCCUCUCUCUCUCUCUCUCUAUAUAUAGAAAGGCGCAUACAUGCGAUAGCAGGGAGUAAUUUGAUCUUGGAGCCGAACGCUGAAGCCGUCACGAUCCGAUCAUACUCAACAUGGCUCACUCGGCUGUCUCUCAGGUCUCUGUAGCUGUCCCGCUCAGUGGAGAUUCGUCUCUCCGGAGAUCCGUUCUUAAGGCACAUAAUAUAAGCUUUCGUGAUAAAUCAUGGGUUUCUGUCCGACUGGAUUUGAAAACAAAGAGUGCACAAUCAAGAAAUCAGCAUGUAGUUUCCAUGUCAGUGCAACAAGAAACCAAACCUAAGGUUUCUGUUUCACCUUUAACACUUGAAGAUGCCAAGGAGCCUCCGCUAAAUUUAUACAAGCCCAAGGAACCAUAUACAGCAGCAACUAUUGUUUCUGUUGAUAGGAUUGUAGGGCCUAAAGCUCCUGGAGAGACUUGUCAUAUUGUAAUUGAUCAUGGCGGCAAUGUUCCAUAUUGGGAAGGACAGAGUUAUGGUGUGAUUCCUCCUGGUGAGAACCCAAAGAAACCAGGGGCUCCUCACAAUGUUCGUCUUUACUCAAUUGCAUCCACCAGGUAUGGAGACUCUUUUGAUGGCAAGACAGCCAGUUUGUGUGUUCGACGUGCUGUCUAUUAUGAUCCUGAGACUGGCAAAGAAGACCCUUCAAAGAAAGGAGUAUGUAGCAAUUUCCUCUGUGAUUCCAAGCCUGGAGAUAAGAUUAAAAUCACAGGUCCUUCUGGGAAGAUAAUGCUGUUACCCGAAGAAGACCCAAAUGCCACCCACAUUAUGAUUGCGACUGGCACGGGUGUGGCUCCAUUCAGAGGCUACCUCCGCCGAAUGUUCAUGGAGUCUGUCCCUAAAUACAAGUUUGGCGGCCUUGCUUGGCUGUUUCUUGGGGUGGCCAACACUGACAGCCUCCUUUAUCACGAUGAGUUCAACAAUUAUCUUCAGGACUACCCAGAUAACUUCCGGUAUGAUCUUGCCCUAAGUCGAGAACAAAAGAACAAACGCGGAGGCAAAAUGUACAUUCAGGACAAGCUUGAAGAAUAUAGCGAUGAGAUCUGCAAACUCUUGGAUAAUGGGGCCCACAUUUAUUUCUGCGGUCUAAAGGGGAUGAUGCCCGGGAUCCUGGACACAUUGAAGAGGGUUGUGGAGCAGAGGGGGGAGGACUGGGACCAGAAGCUCUCUCAAUUCAAGAAGAACAAACAAUGGCAUGUUGAAGUCUAUUGAUACUUAGUCUUUGUUACUUCAGAGCUCAAUAAUGCCUGACUUCAUAUUGAAUUGGUGCAUUUCUCACUCUUGGGUAAUGUGGCCAUUGUUUACUAUUAAGCUGCUGAACAUCUUUAUUAGCGGUGGACUAGGAUCAGGAAUUGUUUUCUAUUUAAUACAGGUAGGUUUCCCUUUUGAAAAA